CCCGCUCUCCCCCGGCGCCCGGGCAAUGCCGCUCUCGGUCCUGCCGGUGGCCGCCUGGUGCGGCCGAGUCCUGGGCCACGCCUGGCAAGUGGACGAGGCGGUGGCCGCCGCGCCGGGGGCCGGGCCGCCGGCCGCCCGCACGGUGGUCCACCUGUACGUGGACUCCUUCGCCUACCAGGCGGUGGCCAGCUCCUGGGGCUGGCCCGGGUUCCUCAGCUCGCCGGGGCUCCUGCGCGGGGCCCUCCUGUCCGGGGUGUACUGCCUGGAGGGCCGGGGCCGGCUGAGCCCGCGGCUGGGCCCGGCUGACGGGCCGGCCCCGGCCGGGCCCCGGCCCGAGCCCGGCCCCGCCGAGGCGGAUCUCGGCCAGCUGGACGGCCCGCAGGCGCAGCUGCUCUUCCUGGUGCGCGACCUGAAGUACCCGACGCUGGAGCACAUCUCCGGGGUGGUGUUCUCGCGGCUGCGCCGGGGCACGGCCCGGGCCGGCGGCCGCCCCGGCCCGGGGGCCGCCUUCUCCUCGGUGCGCAUCCUGUGCUGCCUGCGCAGCAGCCACCACUCGUACCAGACCGCGGGCCGGGCGCCGGCCGGGUCCCCGGGGCCCGGGGCCGACCGGCCGGGCCCCCCGCAGGAGCAGAACCUCCUGCGCUUCCGCGACGUGGCCCGGGUGCUGGCGGCCUCGAUCGCCCGGGACCUGGACCCGGGGGCGGCCCUGCCCUCGGUGACGGUCGAGCACUGGCCGCUGUGCGUGUCGGCCAUCGGCAUGCGGGCGCCGCCGCCGGGGGCCGCCGCCAUGGCCGCCAUGGCCGCCGCCGCCGCCGCCGCCGCCGCCGCUCCCGCCCCGGGCUGGCUCUUUCACCUGCCGCUGCUGGCCGAUGUUGGCCCGGAGCUGCUGCUCCGGCUGUGCCCGCAGGCCGACCGGCCGCUGGCGUCGGAGAUCGCCCUGCGCGCCGGCUUGGCGGUGUUCGACUGGUUCCGGUCGGCGGCGGCCUUCGGCCGGGCGGCCGCCACGCCCGGGCAGCCGGCCCCCCCGGCGGCCUCCAUCGGGGCCAUCCACGGCUUGGGCGACCUGGCCGGGCGCCAGGCGGCCCUGGUCCUGUCGCUCCUGCGCGAUGGGGUCCCCUUGCCGACGGCGUCCUCGGUGGCCGAGGACCCGGCGCUGCUUGGGCGCCUGCGUGACUCGGCCCCGGCGCCGGGGCACUCGCCCGGCGCCGUGACCGUCCUGGUGGUGGACCGCUCGGCCGACUGGAGCCCGGUCUUCGGGCCGGAUCCCAGCCUCAUCAGCCGGGCCCUGGCCUCGGUGUCGUCCAUGGCCGGCCUGGAGCCCGUGGCCGGGCCGUCGCCCGACGCCGAGGACCCGGCGGCCGAGGGGCCCCAGGUCCUGGCCUUCCUCCAGCCCGGGCACUUCCCCCUGAGUGUGCCGGUCCUCCGGCCGGGGGGUGUGGCCCCGGGCGGGGCGCCGGCCCGGCUGGACGCCGCGCCCCCCCGGGCCGCCCUCUUCACCGGGCUGUCGGUGGCCGACUGCCUGGUGGACCUGCCCGGGCCCGGGUCCUCGGUGUCCCUGUGCGUGUGGGGUGUCCUGUCUGGGCUGUCGGUGGGUGUUCUUUCGCCGCCUGGUGCCCGUGUCUGA